AUGGAUUUCUCACUCAGGAAAUCCUUCAAAUCUCUCGCCUCCGAAAAGCACUUGCGAAACGAAGCACAAGAGAAGCUUCCCAUUUUGUUGGACCACCACAACGAACAGCAUCAAGCCAUGAGCGCCGCCGCCGAUUCUUCCUCCGAUCGCCGCGAGGUCAUCGUCAAGAUCGACGAGGGCGGCGGCUCCGGUGCCGGUAAGGAAGCGGAAACGGCCAAGCAGGGUGGCGGGAUUUGGCGGGAGUCGAGCAUUGAUUUCUGGAAGGACGACGAGAGCAAUGGCGGCGGUUUUGAGUUUGAGAAAUCGGCCGCGAAGAAGACGGAGGAGAAGAAGGAGGAGGAUCCGCCGUCGAAGCUGAUAGGGCAGUUCCUGCACAAGCAGAGAGCCUCCGGCGACUUGUCGCUGGACAUGGAUUUGGAGAUGGACGAGCUGCGGCCGCAUGACUUGCCGCCGGUGGCGGAGUCUCCGAGGAACUCCCGGACGUCGAGGGAGAUCAAGGUGUCGUUCCAGUCGCCGGACGCCGAGUCCGAGUCGGUGAGGCGGCGCCACAAGGACUCUGCUGACGAGGAGCGCCGUCGUAGCAGCCGGCUCAGUAACGGCGGUGCUGACGUCAUCAGGUGCACGUCGAACGCGUCAUUCGGGCGAGAGCCGUCGUUUCAGAACAGGUCUGAUUUGCUGAGGCUGAAGACGAAGUCGAGACUGAUGGACCCGCCCGAGGGGUGGGACGAGGGGCCGGGUCGGGUCCCGAGAUCGGGUCUGAUGAGGUCCGGGAUGUUGGGCCGGGGCGGAGGGGAGGAUGAGGAGGAUGACCCGUUUCUGGAAGAGGACUUGCCUGAUGAGUACAAGAGGGCUAACUUCAAUGCAUUGACUCUGGUCCAGUGGCUGAGUUUGGUUUUGAUUAUUGGGGCAUUGGCUUGUACAUUGUCUAUUAAAGUUUUGAGGGAGAAGAAUCUGUGGAAAUUGAAGAUGUGGAAAUGGGAGGUGCUGAUUUUGGUUUCGAUUUGUGGGAGGCUGGUUUCGGGUUGGAUGAUAAGGCUUAUGGUGUUCUUUGUGGAGAGGAAUUUCAUUUUGAGGAAGAGGGUGUUGUAUUUUGUGUAUGGGAUCAGGAAGGCUGUUCAGAACUGUAUUUGGCUUGGCCUCGUUUUGAUGGGUUGGCAUUUCUUGCUGAUCAGGAAGGUUGAGAAGGAAACCAAUACUAGAAUCCUUGAGUAUGUGAGUAAAGUGUUGCUUUGUCUCUUGAUUGGGGGUUUGAUUUGGUUGGUGAAGACCUUGGUUGUGAAGGUGCUUGCUUCGUCUUUCCAUGUUAGAUCGUAUUUUGAUCGGAUUCAGGAUGCGCUUUUUAAUCAGUAUGUGAUCCAAACAUUGUCUGGGCGGCCGUGGAUUGAGAUACAGAAAGGGGAGGAUGAAGAGGAGAGGCUUGCUGACGAGGUUAGGAAGCUACAGAAUGCUGGAGCUACUAUGCCUCCUGACCUCAAAGCAAAUGCGUUGCCCCCGUCUGGGAAUAUUGGGAAGCCGGUUGGCAAUGGCUCUGGGAGAAGUGGGCGGUUGAUUGCUGCAAGUGGAGGGCUUGUGGGGAAGAGUGGCAAUGUUUCAAAGCCACUUUCCAAGAAGUCAGAGGAGGUCGGGAUCACAAUUGGUCACCUGCAUAGGCUCAAUCCAAAGAAUGUGUCUGCUUGGAAUAUGAAGAGGCUCAUGAAUAUAGUUAGAAAUGGGCAUCUUACCACACUGGAUGAGCAGAUUCUGGAUUCCACCAAGGAUGAGGGUGAUACUCAGAUCAGAAGUGAAGUUGAGGCAAAGGCUGCCGCUAAAAAGAUAUUUUGCAAUGUGGCUAGGCCUGGCUCCAAGCACAUCUACCUGGAGGAUUUGUUGCGUUUCAUGGAAGAAGAUGUGGCUUUAAAGACCAUGAGUCUCUUUGAAGGGGCCUCUGAGAGUAAGAGAAUCAGCAAAACUUUACUGAAAAAUUGGGUGGUCAAUUGCGUUAGAGAACGGAGAGCACUUGCUUUGACACUGAAUGACACCAAAACAGCAGUGAACAGACUUCGACGCGUGGUGGACGUAUUAGUUAGCAUUGUUAUUAUAGUUAUAUGGCUGCUUGUGCUGGGCAUCGUCACUAGUGCCAAUAUUGUUUAUGCUACUUCUCAACUUGUGAUUGUGGCAUUUAUUUUUGGUAACUCAUGCAAGACAGUCUUUGAAGCAGUCAUAUUUUUAUUUGUGAUGCACCCUUUUGACGUGGGAGAUCGAUGUGAAAUUGAAGGGGUUCAGAUGGUUGUAGAGGAAAUGAAUAUCUUGACUACAGUUUUUCUGAGGUAUGACAACCUGAAGAUUGUGUACCCAAACAGUACCCUUUCAACCAAGCCUAUCAAUAACUUUUAUCGAAGUCCGGACACCGGAGAUGCUGUUGAGUUUUGUGUUCAUAUAACUACACCGGCAGACAAGAUAGCUGUUAUGAAGCAGAGAAUGAUAAGUUACAUUGAGAAUAAGAAGGAACACUGGCAUCCUUCACCAAUGAUCAUAUUGAAGGAAGUAGAAGAAUUAAAUAGGAUGAGGUUUGCUGUGUGGCUGACACAUAGAAUGAACUUCCAAGACAUGGGAGAAAAGUGGGCAAGGAGAGCCCUUUUACUUGAAGAGAUGGUACGGGUCUUCCAGGAGCUUGAUAUUCAGUACCGUCUACUGCCUAUUGACAUAAACGUCCGCGGUAUGCCUCCCACAAGCACCGGUAACUUCACAACAACCACAAGCUGAGCGAGGAAGCGAGGAAAUCCAAAGCUGACCUCCCCAACAAACAUGCACCUAUACCCUAGACCCCAGAAGGGAGCAAAGUUCAUGCAGGAGGAUCUCGUAGAGAAGGGAGAGGAUGAUAUCCAUUGACACGGUAUAAUGGAUUGAUCUCAAUUUAGUUGCCCAUAAUCUUGAACUAGAGUAAAUGGAGUAGCAGUUCUGUUUGAUUUUGCAGUUGGCAGUGUUGCUAGUAAGAAUUUUAUUUUUGCUACUCUCGAUAUCUACAUCCUUGUUUAUGUAUAUGCAUAGGUAUAUGUUGUUAUAUCUAUUUACUUCACUUCAGUUUUUGUCUCCUUUGCAACUGAAGCUGCUUCUAGUAGAACGGUUGCAGUAGCUCUUUGCUUAUAAUAAAAAACCAGUAGCUGUAUGCUGGGCAAUGAAAAUGUCACCCAGAGAAAACUGAUUUUUAGUUCUUCCAGUAAAUUUGGAACUCCUCUCAAUUCUACA